AUGUUUCAACUGCUAGCCAAUGGCUCAAGGAGAUUGAGCAGGAACAGCAGGGUCGUCCAAACCCUGUUCCGCAGCAACACAACCUUCAUCAACACCGCAAGAUCCUUCACGACCAACAAUACAGAUAUGUCAGAUCAAUUAUACUUGACACCUGUUAACCCAGCAACAGGACAGGUUAUCUCUGAUAUUAAGAUUGAUACAAGAUCGACAUUGGAGGAGAAGUAUAAUAGAGUGUCAAACUUUAAGGAGACAUGGAGGAAUACAUCACAGAAGGAUAGAGCCACGAGCAUCAUCAAGUUUAGAGACAUGCUCACCGACAGGAUCGAUUCGCUGGCCACCGACCUCACCAACGAGACGGGCAAGCCCAUCGUGCAGGCAAAGAACGAGAUCAAGGCGGUGAUCGAGCGCAUCAACUUCUUCCUGUUCAACUUCUCCGAGUGUCUGCAGGAGCGCGUCGUGCGCACCACUGAGAAGUUCCGCGAGUCGCUUGUCUACGAGCCAUUGGGCGUCGUCGGCAACAUCUCGGCGUGGAACUACCCGUACUUCAUUGGCCUCAAUGUCAUUGUACCCGCUUUGCUCACUGGCAACUGUGUGCUGUACAAGCCAUCCGAGUACUCUAGCAUCACAGGCAUCAACAUCAUGUCGAUGCUGCACGAGGCUGGCAUCCCCCAGGACGCCUUCCAGGUCGUGCUGGGCAAGGCCCUGAUCAGCAAGUCGAUGCUGGCGCUGCCCCUCGAUGGUCUGUUCUUCACGGGCUCAUACCAGACGGGCAAGAGCAUCUCAGAGACGCUGGCCGGUCGCAUGGUCAAGACACAGUUGGAGCUUGGUGGCAAGGAUGCCGCCUACGUCAACAACGACGCCGACAUUGGCCACGCCAUUGCCUCGCUGGCAGACGGCGCCAUGUACAACACGGGCCAGUCGUGCUGCUCGGUCGAGCGCAUCUACGUGCACCAAGACGUCUACAAGAACUUUGUCGAGGGACUCGUCAAGGAGAUCAGCACCUACUUCCUUGGCUUUGAUCCCAAGACCCCAGCCACCUACUUUGGACCACUGACGCGUGGACAGCCACAGGUCGAGCACCUGCAGCGUCUGAUCGCCAACGCCACCACACGUGGCGCCACCAUUGCCCUCGGAGGUAACGCCGUCCCCAACGCACCAGGCUCCUUCUUCUCGCCAACAGUGCUGACAGACGUGCAUCACGGCAUGGACAUCCAGAAGGAAGAGCUCUUUGGACCAGUGGUCACCGUGCAAUCGGUCACCGGUCCCGAGGAGGCCGUCCAACUCAUGAACGACACCCCAUUCGGCCUGACGGGUUCGGUCUACACAAAGGAUCAGGACGUGGCCAGCUACAUUGCCGACAACUCCAACACUGGAACCGUGUACUGGAAUGCCUGCGACCGUGUCUCGCCCUAUCUGCCAUGGUCUGGUCGCGGACACAGUGGCAUCGGAUCGACUCUGGGCGUUGAGGGUAUCCUCACCUUCCUGAAGCCCAAGGCACGUCACUACAUUUCGCCACAGCCCAACAACUUCUUUGGACAAGCAUCAAACAGUGGCAUCGUACCAACCGCAACACCCAGCCAAGACAACAUCGAACAGUUUGUUCAGGAUACACAUGAUAACAUGGACACACUAGAGAAUGCCGAGGAGAAGAAGUAA